AUGAACGUGUCCAAGGACUACGGGCGUUUGCAUUCCAUGCUGGGCACCUGGACAGUCCGCAAGGAGGUUCCCCAUCGUCCGGGACAAUCCCGGACGGAUCAUCUCGCCACCUACAUUGUGGUUCACAUCCAGACCGAUCCCACCCGCGGGUACGGCUGCGCUUUGGACGGAUGUCUCGAACGCGACAACGCCGUCUGCUACCAACCCACCGACGGCGACGUCGUUGCUCCGUCGUGUCGUCGUUUGGACCAAGCCAACGGGACGACGGUGUGGAAUUGGAGUGAUCUCGCCGUCUUUUAUACCGUCGGAGUGGAAGGAUACGUCGCGGACGCCAAUCGUUCCAUCGUCCGACGGGAUUUGCACGGAUGGGUGGGACCCUACAGUGUCGUGGCGGCCUCGGUGAAGGAAGCGUCGACGACGCUCAUGGACGCCUACGAACUCCGUCAACUCGUGGCGCAGCCGCAUCCCAACGCGACGUUGUACCGGAAUACGAAUGACUUUCGGUACGUCUGGGGAACGCACGCCUUGGCGCAUACCGUACGCACGCAAGCGAAUCGGACACUGCGGACCGGGGAUCCCUGGGGCAACGACGUGGCGGAGGAUGACGACGACGACAACAACAGUACGAAGCGUCCCGUCCUGCAACCAAUACUCCCCCAUAUGCAAUUUACCUUUGCCAAGGGGAAUUACGGAAACGAACGGAUCACGGUCAAGAUGGAUGCGCAGGUGGUGCUCCUCCCGAACGAUGACGGGGAUACGCCCGACGUAUGGGAUUCGUGGGCCCGCACCUUUGCCCUCGGAGGACCCUACCAAUACCAAGAGUCCGUGACCAACAGUUACGCCAUUUCCUUACACGAUCCCACACACGCCGGAGAACGCUUCGACAGUAGUCCCGUCGUCAUCCGUGGAUGCGUCGACGACUUGCCCUGUACGCCACCAGCCGCCCAAGGCGGGCUUCGGGAACGUACCUUUGUCACCAACGACGCCUACGGAUUCGACGUAGAAAACAUCGUUCUCGUCUUCCUCACCUACGUGCUCACGCUCGCGCUCGUGAUUUCGCUCGUCUACAACAUUCAAUCCUGGCGGCGGUCCACCGGCGAAAGUACGGGAGCGGCGACGCACAACGAACACGCGGAGGACCGUCGUAACCCAGCCCGACCCGUGGAAGCGGCGACGGUCCAGGAUGCCCUACAGGAACCACUCUUGGCGGUCCCGUCCACCGACGAAACGGUCUAA